GGUCUUUACAAGUAAAGUCAUCUAUCAACACUAUAUAAACAUAGUUUUGCAUAAUAGUAAAUCAUUACUUGAUUACUUACAAUAAAUAUUCAGCUAAAAGGUGUUACAUAUUCCUGCAGUAUGUGGUCAAUGAUCUGUCUGUUCAUAUUAGCCUUCCCGGCGUUUAUACCCGCCAGAUUGAUCAAUAGUCAUGACGACCUGACACAAGAGUUGAUGGAAAUGUACGACGAAACCAAACGUGAACCGUGUAAAACUGUCGGCGAUACAAGAGAAGAUACCUCCGUUGGCGAUAUAAAAGAAGAUAUCUCUGUUGGCGAUACAAGAGAAGAUAUCGAUGUUGACGAAACAAGGCAUUUCGAUAUUAGCGAUACGAGAGAAAAUAAAACAAUGAACCAGUUGAUAACUAGAGUAAAUAACAUGGAAGAAACGAUACAAAAACUACUCAGCGAAAUUCAAUCAAUGAAGAAAGUGCACAAGAGGGUUAUAUUCCACGCAGUUCUUGAUACGAUAGAAUAUCCUUCUGUGAAUUUCCAUAAUAGAAUUAUAUUUGGAACAGUCAUGCUUAACAUAGGAAAUGGUUACCAAGCCAGCAAUGGCAAGUUCGAUGCUCCAGUAGCCGGUAUGUAUAUCUUCUCGGUGUCUAUUCUAAGCGAGAACGUACCCUUAACCUCAUCUUUUAAGGCAGAAAUUCGGAAGAAUGGGAUUGUACUUGCCAAGCUUUACGGACAUGGAGUUAACACACACCCUGACCAAGCUUCGGCAACCGUGGUCACCCACUUAAAUAUUUCGGAUCACGUCUGGAUCAGAUUAAUAUGUUGCGACUUUGAUUUGCUAUACGGCAACCGCUAUAGUACUUUCAGUGGGGCUUUACUCAAUUAAACCAAUAUCUUAUAUAUGCACAAUAUCAAUGGUUUGGGAAUACUGCAAGGGGAUAUGAUUUUUCGGUACUAUUUUCAUUGUUUAUAAAUGAUAUAGUAAUGUUUUUAAAAAACGACAAUAGCUCUUGAUUUACAAUAGAUCAACUAAUAAUAUAUUUAUUGCUUUCUGCUGAUAAUGCCGGAAUUCUCCCAAAGACGGCACCAAGGCUACACAAUUCAUUAAACAGUUGUGAUAAUUAAUUGAUAAAAGAAAGAAAGUUCUAGCUUUUCUGAAAAGAUGGAAUGAUUAUUGAAAAUGACACAUAUACAUUUUUUAUGAUGAUGGUGAAGAAUUGGAAUCUGUUUAAUGUUAAAUUACUUGCUUGUAAAUGGUUCUUCAGUGGUAGAUCUUUUUUGACCGCCACUAAAACGCUAGCAGAACACUAAAAGCUGCGUGGUCGUUAUUCUCCAUUCUCGAAGUAUCUGUAAACAUUAUGUUGAAUUAAUUUGAUUUAUAUAUAGCAUCUGUAUUAAAUUACUCUUUGGGAUGUAUGGGGUUUUGAUAGAACGAAUACUUAGAACAUUUAUGAAAAGGCUAUAAAAUGAUAACAUGCCUCCGUGAAGUUCUACGUUAUAUGGGGAAUUGAUAGGUACCCACUAUAUACAUGUAUAGUGUGAUAGGUUAGAAUUGUCAAAUAUUUUUAAAGUUAUACGCUGAAAAGAAUAAUAACUGUAUUUUAUUAAGCACUAUAAAUGAUGUCUCAAGAUAUGAUGCUGAAAAUAAUAAUACUAUUAAUUUGGCUUUACAAGUUAGGGAUUUAUUAUAAAACACUAGCUGUCAUGAAGUAUAGAUAUUUAUCACAUGUUUGACGUCGCGGGAGUGUAAUAAAGCCAUUAAAUAAAAACGAUAAUACACUAGUGUAAUAAAGUUUUGCCGUCUACGUCGUUUAUAGUAUUGGAAACGUUGGUCAAAUUGACUUAUUUAUAUAGUAAAAGAAAGUAGACUUUUCGAUGUUUCGACAGGAAAGACUAACAUGUGAUAAAAAGAAUAUUACAUUUGUGACUUUCCAUAUUGAAUUUUAUUAAACUCGUUGAAUAAAUUUAAUAAAAUGCUCGACAGAGCCUCGCAUUUUAUCAUUUUAUUCAACUCGUUUAAUAAAUUCAAUAUGAAAAGACACUCAUGUAAUAUCUUCUAUUUCCAAGAAUUUUUUUAUGUAUAAUAAUUAUAUAAAGGAUAAACAGCAUUUCAGAAUUCAGAAUAUACUCGCAAAAUGAAAGGUUAUAGUUUAAGAAAAAGCGUAAUUACAUCUGUCUUCGCACCAGCGUUCUAUUGAAGAUGGUAGACAUAGAAAUAUAGAUAGAAACGACAGAAAAUGUUUUGUCAAUGUAAAGACUCUGAACAUGAAUGCCUUAUUUAGAGCACAAUAUAUUCUUAGAUAUUACCAUAGACCACUAAGAAUGUUAAACUUCACUCAGUUGUUAAAUCCUACAAAAGUGAAAGUGCUAAAUAAUUAAGAUCAAAUGAACAGCGAUAUUUGCAGUAGAUGAUAAUAUUUUAAUAUUAUGCUUUCCUUUAUUUGUUCACAUAACUGUGUGCAUGUAUGGUUUUGUUUGUAUGUAACGAUGAGCAUGUAAUGCUGUAAAUGUAGAUAUAAAAUAAAUUUAAUAAUUGCAAUAACUGGUUCUCAGCUUGUCAGUGAGUGUAUUCGCUUGCGCAAAAGGGGAGAAAACCCUCUAUGGUAUUCGGAAGCUUCGGUCUUUUCUGCUGUUUUUAACAAAAAAAUCUUACCGUAAUACCAACUUUCCGAGACGGAGCGGAAUAGUUACAAGAACUUGAACAAAUUACCAUGUACAUAAUAUUCCCUUCUGAAAGUUUACUGUCUAUACUUAAAAAUAUAACUGCAAAUGUGAGGUUGCAGUUUCGAUGUCACAGUAUGUUCCCUUAAAAUCGUAUGUUAAUUCAAGGCAAUAUUCUGAAAAUAAUUAUGUCUUUGAAAAACACAUCCAUAUGAAAAUUAAAAAGGCAUUGCUGAAAGUUCACAAGACAAUGUCAUAAUUAAAUUGAACCUGUGCUUAUAUAUAUUUAGACAAAUCGAGCGUUCAGCGCGAAACAUCUGUAUCUAAUUCUUUAUUGAUAUACAGUUACAGUUGUGUCGCCCUGAUCUCUCAAAAUAUGUUUUGGACAGAGGAAUCUAUAGAUGAAUUAUUGACCUAUACGAGUGCCUGACGGAUGAACAAAUGGGGCGCAUUUUGAUAUAUUAAUGCUCUUUUUUCUUUCCGUUUUUCAAGUGUAUUUGUUUU